UCCUCGGCGGACUCGGCGCCCUGCACGCGGUCACUAUUCGCGUGCGCUGUCGCGCGCACAUUACUCGUGUCGUCCGUCCCACGUGCGUGCCCGUCACCUCCCAGCACUCCUACGCCCGCUAGGACUCAAUCGUCCGCUCCUGCCAGCGCAUCACCCGUGUCGCCUAAUCCUUUGCAGCUUAGGACUUCACCCGCGUCGCCCAUACUCGCGCGCUUGUCGCGCGCCUCGUCCCUGUCGACUUCCUCGCGCGCGUCUUCGCCAACGCCCCAGCCCUCAUCGCCUACGGAGAACUUCGAUCGGCGAUCUCAAGCAUCCGACUACCAUGAUCGACCGAGGCCCGCCAAGCCCAAGCUCAUGCUGUCUACCUUCAACGGCAACGAUCCGGAAGCUUGGCUCAACCGAGCCGUUCAAUACUUUGAUCUCAACGAGACCGAAGGACAUGAUCGAGUAAAGUACGCUGCUUAUUAUCUUGAUGGUGAAGCCAACGUGUGGUGGCAGUGGCUUACUAGCAACGAUUUCGAGCGCGAGUUACUCACGCGUUACGGCUCUUCCAACUACCACAAUGACGAUGAGGUGUUAUCACGCAUACGACAGACCGGCAGCUUGCGCGACUAUCUUAAGGAGUUCGAGCGAUUGGCAUGUCGCGUACGAGGCUGGCCCGAGACUGCGUUGGUUGGGCCAUUUAUUGGUGGGCUGAAGUAUGAUCUAGCCGUGGAGGUUCGCCUAGAGCGACAAGAAUCAAUGCAUGCGGCUAUGGAAGUGGCCCGACGCCGAGAAGGUCAUCUUGUGGCAACUCGAAGAGGACGGGCAGAUGCACGCUACCCUGAGACGCGACGCGCACAACCGGACGCAAGCAAUAUGUUUCCGAGCGGCCGACCACCUGAUAGUUCUCGACCACCAGUCCCGGAGGUUAAGAGACUGUCACCCGAGGAAACAAAGCGCCGAUGUGAGAAGGGACUUUGUUUCAAGUGCGACGAGAAAUUUACGCUUGGCCAUCACUGCAAGCAGGCUUUUUUCAUCCACGUAAUCGAUGAUGAAGAGCCCGAGAUCGAAGAGGAUUGGGAGCAAGAAGUCGAGAUUGGGGUUCCCGAAGAGGAGGCCGAAAUCUCAAUGCACGCAAUGGCUGGAACGAGAGGACCGAGGACGAUGCGGCUACCAGCAUGUGUCAAGGACCGCCGUAUAGUCGUGCUCGUAGACAACGGAUCGUCGCACAACUUCAUCAACGCCGAUCUAUCUCAAAAGUUAAAGUUGCCAACGAAGAGGUUCGAACCAUUUGAAGUCCAAGUAGCCAAUGGAGAACGGCUAACGUGCUCGGAGGCUUAUCGUGCGGUACCGAUCAAAUUUCAAGGAGUGGUUAUCAAAGCCGAUCUCUAUGCGCUACCCUUGGUUGGACCCGAUGUUGUGCUAGGAGUGCAGUGGCUCAAGGGAUUAGGAAAAGUGACCACCAACUAUCGAACUAGGGUCAUGGAGUUAGACUCGGGAGAGCACCGGGUCACGUUAAAAGGAAGCAAAGACGACAGAACCAAGGAGUUUGGUCUCAAGAGUAUUGAGCGG